AUGGGUUCAUUUAAUUAUCAUUAUUUUCGUUUGUGGCGAAAGUUUUAUAGAAAAUUAUGGAGAAAAUUGAUAUUUGUUUUGUUGAUAACAUUUUUGACAUUUACAUUAAUUUUUGUCAAACCAAAGGCUAGCGAUGAAUGUGUGUUUAAUGACGAUGAGUGUAAUUAUCAACAGUUUGUUAGAUCCAGACUUUUAUUAUCCGAACCCAAUGUCGACCAAAACUUAACGAUCAGUUCAACAAUAGAUCCUUUGGUUGAAUCGGAAGGAUCUGAUAAAAAAUUUCCCGAAGACUUGUUUACACCCGAACAGCGACGCAAAGGAGCUGUCAUUUUCCAUAUCGCAGGACUUAUCUAUAUGUUUGUCGCUCUCGCCAUCGUUUGCGACGAGUUCUUCAUACCUUCUCUGGAUGUCAUCACAGAAAAGUUGGAUAUCAGUGAAGACGUGGCCGGCGCUACAUUCAUGGCUGCGGGAGGUUCAGCACCAGAAUUGUUUACAUCAAUAAUUGGUGUAUUCAUCAGUUUCGAUGACGUGGGCAUCGGUACGAUAGUUGGGUCGGCAGUGUUUAACAUACUGUUUGUGAUAUCCAUGUGCGCUAUCUUUUCCAAGAGUGUACUAUCACUGACCUGGUGGCCACUCUUCAGGGAUGUCUCCUUCUAUUCAGUGAUUCUCAUAUCUUUAGUUAUCUGUUUCAAGGAUUCACUUAUUCAUUGGUAUGAGGCACUGUUCCUAUUGUUGUGGUACGUGGGAUACGUGACAUUCAUGAAAUAUAAUGAAAUAGUAGAAAAAUAUGUUAAAAAAUUUGUAAAUCGAUCAAAAGUGGACAAAAUUAAAACUGAAAACCCAGAAUCACCGCCGCCUAUGCAGACAAAUCGCAAAAUGUCGACUCCUAUACUUCACGGCGGAUCCAAGUUUCGUCAGGGAGUUCUUCAACUAAUGAUUCAUUCAAUUGAUCCGUUACACGAAGAAACCAUAACAAAUGCGAUGCGAAGUGGUAUAGAUAAAAGUCGAUGCAUUCAUCCUCCCGGUGCCACUACAUGUGUAAACUGUGGUGACAUUGAUAAUCAUAAUUCUAACGGCAACUCUAUCUUUCAUACGGCAAAUAUGGCAAUUAAGACUCAGGAAUACAAUAGUCAAUUGUCUAAACCACAUAACGGCUCGAUUGGCGCACAAAAUACUGAGGAAAGCGACGAACCGGAUGAGCCAUUGGACAUGUCGUGGCCGAAAACUAUGAGAAAGCGAUUUACUUAUGUAUUGUUGGCUCCAAUUAUUUUUCCUCUUUGGUUAACAUUACCUGAUACUAGACGACCUGAAAAGAGAAAAUGGUUUCCAUUUGCAUUUUUGGGAUCAAUUAUGUGGAUUGCAAUAUAUUCAUAUUUGAUGGUAUGGUGGGCUACUUUAGUGGGCACGACAUUUAAGAUGCCCAGUGAAGUCAUGGGUUUGACAUUUUUAGCGGCCGGUACUUCAAUACCAGACCUGAUUACAUCAGUAUUGGUCGCUCGUAAAGGUUUCGGUGAUAUGGCUGUCUCGAGCUCUGUUGGCAGCAAUAUAUUUGAUGUGACUGUUGGGUUACCUCUUCCAUGGUUUCUCUAUACGAUAAUCUUCGGCACCGUUACUGUCAACUCAAAGGGAAUGAUAUGUUCGGUAUUAUUGCUAUUUUUAAUGUUAAUGUUUGUCAUCCUAACGAUUGCAUUAUUCAAGUGGAGUCUCAACGUAGGGAUGGCUAUUGUAAUGUUUAUCUUGUAUUUCAUAUUUAUAGCCAUUUCAUUAAUGCUUGAAAAUAAUACUAUUAAAUGUUCUUCC